AUACUGUGUAGGUAUACAUUCACCAUGGGUUCCACUUCGUGGGAUAUGGAGAACGCUAGCAGCGUCAAGAUGGAGAGGAGAUGAUCCCCCUUCAGCAGUCAGUGCAGACUUCGUAGUCUACUGGAGCAGCGCACGCAAUAACGUUAAGAUGAAUAAAUUCCGACCCAUGAAGGCACCCCAGCCGCUUACCUUAACAGGUGGGGAUCUGACACCGCAUGAAAGGAAAACGCACAGGUACAUGUAUAACCAAUCAACCACCGCGCUAAGAAUUCGCAUCUCUACGACGUUCAACAGUUUAUAUCUGAGCGCAGGCACGGUGUCUUUUCCAGCAUAAACCUCACCUCCACCAUCAUGGCGGAAAUCCUCCGCUCAGUCGCUCAACUAAUUCACACCACCUAUGCCCCUGUGGCCCUGGGACUGCUCUCACACUUGGUCCUCAACAAUGGUGAAUGGGACCACAAGUCGCAUAUCCUGAGCUCAGCAUGGGCAACUGCGUUUGCAGUCGUGGCCACAAUCGACUACCUUGCAAAUCCACUCGGUCAAUCAAUUUCCGGAGCUGUCGCGGUAGCUGGACAUUUUUUCGCUGUUUAUUUUGCCAGUCUGGUCUCCAGUAUCCUUAUUUAUCGCGCCUUCUUCCACCGUCUACGAAAGUUUCCGGGCCCUUUCUCACUGCGGCUCUCCAAGUGGUUCAGUCUGACAUAUGUCAUACCGGACCGACAAUACUACAAAGUGACGGAAGGGCUGCACAAGAAAUACGCCUCAGAUAUCAUCCGGACCGGGCCACGGGAACUUAACAUCAUAAGAACCGAUGCUAUACCACUCAUUCAUGGUCCGACUUCCAAAUGCACUAAAGGGCAAUGGUACGCUGGAUCGUAUCAUAUUGAGGGCGCCUCGCUGCAAACGACCCGCUCCAAGCAAGACCACAAGGAGCGUCGCAAGGUGUGGGAACGAGCAUUUAACGCCCGGUCCCUGCGCGACUAUGAGCCACGCGUGAACCGGCAUACGCAUUUGUUGAUCUCAAAGCUCCUAGAACACGCACAUGAACCUUCAAUACGCAUAUCGAACUGGGUGAAUUUCUUUUCUUUCGACUUGAUGGGGGAUAUAGGCUAUAGCCGCAGUUUCCACAUGUUGGAAAAAGGAGAAGAGGACAAAUGGAUCACGUUGGUGCAUAAGAGCAUGGGCGCGAUGACUUUCUUAAACCACCUUCCCUACGUCAUGUCCACCGCGACGAGGCUGGGUGCGGCGAAGGACAUUCUGGAUUUCAUGGCGUUCACAAGCGAGACCCUGAGGGAGCGGAAGAAGCGGACACCCAAGGAGAACGACGUGUUUGGCUGGCUUCUCAACCCGGCAGAUGAGGAUAUUCCCCUACAGCUUAAUGCGGACUCGAGACUGAUGAUUGUAGCUGGAAGCGACACCACAUCCGCAACGUUGACUUGGAUAUUCUACGAGCUUUGCAUGGAUCAGACUUUGCAAGCCAAACUGAGGUCCAUCGUCGAUACAUUAGCACCGGGGAAACCGUUCCUGGAUGCUGAAGACGUGGCCAAUUGCCCGUACUUGGAGGGUGUCGUUCUCGAAGGUCUACGACUACAUCCCGCUGUUCCCAGUGGUGUGCAGCGAGAGACGCCCCCGGAGGGCUUGAACUUGCCAGAUGGCACUUAUAUUCCGGGCAACGUCCUCAUCUGGAUGCCAAUGCACACCAUUCACCGGGACCCGCGGAACUUCUCGUCGCCAUUGACCUUCGCCCCCGAGCGUUGGAUGGACGACGCUGAGAAGGAAAACUUCGACAAGAAAUCUCCCAGCUCCGGUCAGCCUUAUACAGCGGAUAAGCGGGCCUUUAUGCCGUUCGGUACGGGCCCUUAUAACUGUGUUGGCCAGAAGCUCGCGACGAUGGAGAUGCGCACUGUAAUAGCGAACCUUGUGCGCACGUUUGAGAUGCGGUUUGCCGAUGAGGAGGAUGGAUCGUCUGUGCUGAAGGAUACUGUGGAUUGCUUCACGCUGAAUGUUGGAAAGCUGGAUGUUAAGCUCACCCCUAGAAGGUAGAUGAGUGAUAUAGGGGGGCACUAGUGGCUGCAACCUGAACGGAGAGUUGCAGAGGAAGUGGAGUAGUCUAGAACACAGCUCCAAUGAAAGCGAUGGUUGCAACGGAAUUCAACGUCGUCGAUAAGGUAUGAGGGUCCCCCAUUGUUGCUGCUAGGGACGAGAAGAGGUUCGUGGCAGAUAGCGCAGUCCUUGUCGCUAGCCGUGCGUGUGCUGAUGGAGCUGUAGAGGGCGGGAAAGGCGUUGACCUAGCAAACUUCCGUGAUUGUAUAUGUGACUGGCGGAUGCUGGCGAGAUUGCCGUUUAAACACCGAUUAGUGUUUGGAACUUGCACAAGGAGUGCGGGAGGCCCAGGUGGAGGGACUUUGUGCCAAGACGCUAUGUAGGAGGGA